AUCAUUUUCAUCCUAGGAAUUGCUUUUUUUUCCCGGCCCACGUCGCGCCCCUCUCGCCAGCUUCUUCGCUUCGCUCCUCUUCCUCCUCGCGAUAGCCGCCGCGGCGGCGGCCGCUCGCAUCCGCCUCGUCGCGCGCGCUCCAGCGCCGCCAUCAUCGCCUCCAUGCGCGCGGCCUUGAUCGCAUCGUUCCCUCGCCUCCACGGCUCCACCGGCGGCCAGCGAGCUCGUGAUGUGCGCGGCGAGGAAAGCUGCGGCUCGGCUGCUCUCGCCGCGGGCUUCCACGCAUCCCUUCUCUGCGGCCCUCCUCCUGCGGGGACGAGCCGCCCGCGGGGGAUCCCUCGAGGCACGCUUGGCUACGGUGCCCCACGAGCGUGCCUCGGUUUUGCGGUUCUGGGUCAGACGCCGCAGAUUCCACGACGCCCGCGGGGUGUUCGACGAAAGGCCCACGAGGACCGCGCCCGUGUGGACGUUGACGAUCUCGGGCUGCGCACGGCGCGGCCGGUAUGCGGACGGAAUGCGCGCGUUCGCGGAGAUGCUGGCCGAAGGUGAAGCCACGCCGAACGCGUUCGUCCUUGCUGCCGUCGUCAGGUGCUGCGCCGGUAUGGGCGAUGUGGAGUCCGGCAAGCGCGUCCACGGGUGGAUGCUGAGGAACGGGGUGCAUCUGGACGUGGUGCUGUGCAAUGCUGUUCUUGACAUGUACGCCAAGUGUGGCCAGUUCGAGCGUGCCAGGCGGGUGUUCGGAGCAAUGGCCGAGAGAGACGCCGUCUCCUGGAACAUUGCCAUCGGUGCAUGCAUACAGUCCGGUGAUAUCCUUGGGUCGAUGCAGCUUUUUGAUGAAUCGCCGCUGCGUGACACUACAAGCUGGAACACAAUCAUCAGCGGCCUGAUGCGGAGUGGGCAUGCUGCGGACGCCCUGAGCCACCUGCGUCGAAUGGCGCAAGCUGGAGUGGUGUUCAAUCACUACACUUACUCCACAGCGUUUGUCUUGGCCGGCAUGCUUCUCUUGCCAGACCUAGGCCGGCAGCUCCAUGGCCGUGUUUUGAUUGCUGCACUGGAGGGUGAUGCAUUUGUUCGGAGCUCUCUCAUGGACAUGUACUGCAAAUGCGGCUUAUUGGAGGCAGCUGCGUCAGUCUUUGAUCAUUGGUCACCACUCACUAGAGACAUGAACUUUGCCUGGAGCACAAUGGUUGCUGGGUAUGUCCAGAAUGGCAGGGAGGAAGAAGCUCUUGAUCUCUUUCGAAGGAUGCUGCGCGAAGGGGUUGCUGCUGAUCGGUUUACCCUCACUAGUGUAGCCGCAGCUUGUGCAAAUGUUGGGAUGGUUGAGCAAGGAAGGCAAGUGCAUGGCUGCGUGGAGAAGCUAUGGUACAAAUUGGAUGCACCAUUGGCAUCUGCCAUUGUGGACAUGUAUGCUAAGUGUGGCAACCUUGAAGAUGCUCGUAGCAUAUUCGACAGAGCUUGCACCAAAAACAUUGCUGUCUGGACUUCAAUGCUGUGCUCCUAUGCAUCUCAUGGCCAAGGCAGGAUAGCUAUUGAGCUCUUCGAAAGAAUGACAGCAGAAAAAAUGACUCCUAACGAGAUUACCCUUGUCGGUGUUCUAUCUGCCUGUAGCCACGUUGGAUUGGUCAGUGAAGGAGAGCUUUACUUUAAGCAGAUGCAAGAGGAGUAUGGAAUUGUUCCAAGCAUUGAGCACUACAAUUGCAUUGUUGAUCUUUACGGGCGAUCUGGACUGCUUGACAAAGCAAAGAACUUCAUUGAGGAAAACAACAUCAACCAUGAGGCUAUUGUUUGGAAGACGCUACUGUCAGCUUGUCGACUUCACCAGCACAACGAAUAUGCAAAAUUGGCUUCUGAAAAAUUGGUUCAACUGGAGCAAUGCGAUGCUGGAUCAUAUGUUAUGCUGUCAAACAUAUAUGCAACCAACAACAAAUGGCACGACACUUUUGAGCUUAGAGUUUCAAUGCAGGAAAGGAAGGUCAGGAAGCAGCCUGGUCGAUCUUGGAUCCACCUGAAGAAUACUGUGCAUACAUUUGUUGCAGGGGAUGCGUCACACCCACAAUCAGCUGAAAUUUAUGCUUACUUGGAGAAGCUGGUGGAGAGACUGAAGGAGAUUGGGUACACAAGUAGAACUGAUCUUGUUGUUCAUGAUGUAGAGGAUGAACAAAGGGAAACAGCUCUUAAGUUCCACAGUGAGAAGCUGGCCAUUGCAUUUGGGAUCAUCAGCACUCCAAGUGGGACUCCACUUAGGAUCUUCAAGAAUCUGCGUGUUUGUGAGGAUUGCCAUGAAGCGAUCAAGUACAUAAGUCUGGCCACAGGUAGGGAAAUAGUUGUUCGUGACUUGUAUCGGUUUCAUCAUUUCAAGGAUGCUAGUUGUUCUUGUGAGGAUUUCUGGUGAAAUUUUGUUGACCAUUCAUGAUGACUAACUGAGUAACUGAAGAUUGUUAUGUACUGCGUCGUGCACGUGCAUGGCUGUACUAGAGAUUGUGGCUCAAAUGUAUAUUGAUUUAAGGAGAAUUCCUUAUUAGCCAUCUGAUGCCAAGUAUAUUCCUCAUCUGCGGAGAAGCGCAUUAACAGGCUACCUCACCUUGAUGAGCCAGACAUCCUCACCUCCACCUACGAACCAUUAUCAUCGGCAGUCGGCAUGGACUACUCGCCAUUUAGCAAGGCUGUGGUGAGGCAGGCGGUGGAUAACCUGGUGAAGGCCAGCAACUGGAUCAUCCUGAUCCAUGUCCUUCCCAGAGGAGCAGAUGCCAGCCACAAGGAGCUCUGGAAGAGCACCGGCUCACACAUGCAGAGGCAUUGCAAUUUUUCUGCUGCUUCUCUUGUUCAGCAAAUUCUGACUGCUGCUUCUCUUGUUCAACAAAUUCUGACGCAGAAAGCUUAACAGGGAGGUGUUGGGUCAACCCUGAUAAGGAGGUACUAGCGAUCCUGCAAGCUGAAUCGAAGUCCAAGCAGGUAAUGACUCAGCUUUGCCAGAAGAUCACCCACCUUUGUAUUUGGGUGGUUUGUGAGGAAUUCUGCAUAGGGGACAGGCGAAUUAUGCUUGAUGGUUCUAUAGUUGUAACAAUCUGCAACUGCCUGGGCGUCUGUACAGACUAUGCUUGAGGUUCACCAUUCCAUUUCCCAUGCUGGCAUUCUCAUUUUUCUUGUUUGCAAGGAGUCCAGGGAAGGUUCACACUUGAACCCAAGCAGUGGGCUGUUCCAACCAAAUGAGAAGAAGGAUGUGGUAACAUCAACUGGCUAGCAAUGGUUGGGAUUCUCGCUGGUUACCUUUGUGAUGGGGCCUCUUAAGAUGUUAAAGCUCUAUGCUGUUCCUUACAUGAUAUUGUCAUGUGGUUGGAUUUUGUCACAUACUUGCACCAUCAUGGCCAUGAAGAAGCUUCCCUGGCACCAUGGAAGAGUAAAUAACAUUAUUAAUGUUGUGGGAUUGCUAUUUGUCAAUGAUGCAAGGAUGGCCACUAGGGUAUAGUCCAUUUUUGUUCAACAUAGGGCAUAGUCUAGUUUUGUUCAACAUAGGGCAUAGUCCAUUUUUGUUUGCUAAAUGGCAGAAGGUUUAUUUGUUCAAACAUAGGUUCUGCGUGUAAAAAUUAUUGAGUAGAGAUUUAUGCCUUUAAAGAUAAUUAGCUGAAUUUCCCGUGCAACUAAACUAAAUGAUUAUGUGAAAGUAGAAUUGUAUUUGACAUACAACUCUUGCAUCUAUAUAUGUAAAUACAAACCAUACAUGCUGUUCUGACUA